AAGUAGUUUUUCCCAUUAUGGAAAAGCUCUCCUACAAAAGCCUGUCCCCACAUGUGAAGAUGCUCCAAGUGAGCGGGAUUCUGCCGCUGGAGCGAGACGUCCCUCCGUGGAAGUACCGGCUGCACCAGGCAUACACCGCCCUCAUGACUGUCAUUCCGUACUUGUACGCUUUGCAGAAUUUGGGACACAUGUAUAAGGUUCGCCACGACGCAGUCCAGGUGAUGGACUCCAUGUUUCUGCUGCUGUCGUACAUCAACAUGAUCUACAAGAAGAUGGUGUUGCUGCUGGAUGCUGAUCAAGUUUAUGAAUUGCUGCAUGUUAUGAAAGGCCCUCUUUUCAACCAAGACGAUGCAGCUCACAGGGAAAUCCUCACCAACCACGCGGCCCGCGCCUUGUCCAGCCUAAAACUCUUCCACUAUCUGGCCCUUUGUUCCUGUUUCUUUUGGAUGGCGUUCCCCACCUUUGAGCAUUUCCGCGGCUAUGACUUGUAUUUUCCACUGUGGAUGCCGAUUGAUCCUAAUAAACCGGUUAAUUUCUACAUAGUGAUGCUGUAUUUAUUUGUACAAUGGGAGUACCAUGCCGUUGUACAAUGUACCUUCGAUCUGUUUGCGUCGUACAUGCUGGCUCAGUGCACUACACAAGUUUACAUUUUAAGGCUGGACUUGGAGUCUGCAGUUGAACGAAGCCACGAGAAGGCUCGACAGGAAAAUAUCAGUUUCUCUGAUGCAUUUCAUCAUGUUUUUACAGUUUCACUUUUACACUUCAAUGAAAUUUCCCGGAUGGUAACCAAUACACAGAAAGUGUUUGGAGGAGCUGCGUUUUGUCAAAUCUGCGUCACGGGCUGGAUCAUCUGCACCACCGCCUACAGAGUCGUGGAUAUGGACCUGAAGUCAAUAGAAUUUAUUUCAAUGGUGACGUACCUAUCUUGCGUUUUCGUACAACUGGUCUUAUAUUGCAAUAAUGGCAACCAACUUGCAAUCGAGAGCGACAAAAUAUUGAACUCGGCAUACAUCAUGGACUGGCUACAACUCCCCGUGACUCAUCGCAGGUCGCUGUUGAUUUUCCUGGAGAGAGUCAGGACUCCCAUACAAGUGGUGGCGGGGCAUAUUAUACCACUCUCAGCAGCCACAUUAGUACAGGCUAUGUCAGAGCUGGCGUUCAGCAGUAUGGAACCCCACUUGAGGGUGCUCCGGGCGAGCGGCUCCUACCACCUGGACCGCGGCUCCACGCCUCCAUGGAGGUACAGACUACACCGGGUCUACAUGGGCUUUGUCAUCUUCCUCCCCUACUUGUAUGUAGCUCAGGAGUUAGCUUAUGUUUACACGGUACGAGGUAAUCCAGAUCAAGUAAUUUACGGAUUAUUCAAGUUAUUUUCGUACAUCGACUUCAUCUACAAGAAAAUGGUUCUUUUGCUGAAAGCUGACAGAGUUGAGAAGCUCCUAAAUACUAUGAAAGCGCUCAAAAUUCCAGGUCCUCUAUUCAACCAAGAAGGUCAUCAUCACAGGGAGAUCCUGCUAACCCAAGUGGCCAGCGCCAAGUCGACUCUAUACAUCUUCAACUUCAUGGGGAACCUGUCUUGCCUCGUAUGGCUUCUCGUUCCCAUAGUGCAGUAUUCUCGAGGCCAUGAGAUCCGAUUCCCUUUAUUGUUUCCCGUUGAAAUUAAUAAGGCACCCAACUUCUACAUAAUCAUGGUGUAUUUAUCGAUACAAUGGGUGAACCAUGCCUACAUAAACUCAACCCUGGAUGUAUUUAUGUCUUGUCUUCUAGGCCAGUGUACUGCACAGAUUCGUAUUUUAAGGCUAGACCUGGAGACAGCAGUCGCAAGAAGUCAUGAAAAAGCUCGCCAAGAGUCGAUCAGUUUCUCGGAGGCCUUUCACAAACUGUUUACAGUAUCACUCUUACACCAUAAAGAAAUAGUCCGAAUGGCUGUAAACAUAGAAGACAUAUUCGGCGGCGCCAUGUUUUGUCAAAUCGUGGUGACUGGCUGGAUCUUCUGCACCACUGCAUACAGAGCUGUUGAUAUGAACCCGGCCUCGGUGGAGUUCUGCUCGAUGAUCACGUACAUCACGUGCGUGAUGGUGGAGCUGGUGCUGUACUGCCUCUUCGGGAACCGACUGGCCAUCGAGAGUGAUAAAAUAUCGAACUCCGCAUACAGUAUGGACUGGCUGCAGCUCCCCGUGACUCAUCGCAGGUCGCUGUUUAUAUUCCUGGAGAGAGUCAGGACUCCCAUACAAGUGGUGGCGGGAUACAUCAUACCACUCUCCGCAAGCACAUUAGUUCAGGUGCUGAAAUCAUCGUACACAUUUUACGCAGUGCUGAACAAAUCCAAAGAAAUCUAAUCAUUAUACUUAAUCUUAUGUGUAUUAUUGUUUUAAACAUUUAAAUCUUGUCGGUGAAUUGUGAAUCGUGCAAUUGUAAAUUUUAUUAUCAAAGUUUUUUUCAUUCAACACAGUUUUUGUAGCAAUAAAGUACGCAACACUCGACGCUGAAUCCAUUGAUUACUUUUAAUUUCGUCAAACACAAAGACAUCCGCUAACAUCGAGCAGCACACAAUAAUUUAACAACA